AUGGCCAGAGGGAGUCCAGGUCCAUGGUUUGUGCUCUGGGUCUGCUUGGUGCUGGUGGUGAACUUCGGCGAAGGGCAGGAAGAAAAACCUUUCGGUGAAACGUGCCUGGAGGACUUUACGGCAGGGGGGCCGGAUUUGGGGGUGCCGGAUUUGGUGCUGGAUACAGACGCCUCCGUCCAGAAUGGAGCCACCUUCUUGUCGUCCCCCAUGGUCUCUCGGAGCAGGGACUGCAUGAGAGCCUGCUGUAAGGACCCCGCUUGUAACCUGGCUCUUGUGGAGCAGGUCCCGGGCACAGAGGAAGACCACAUCCAGGGCUGCUUUCUCCUCAACUGCCUCUACGAGCAGGCUUUCGUCUGCAGGUUUGCCAGGAAGAUCGGCUUUCUCAACUUCUUGAGGAAGGACGUGUACGAUUCCUACCUGGCAAUGCAGAAUCACAGAUCUAGUGAUGACCAUCCUCCAAUAGCCCGCACUGGCAUGGACCUGAGGGUACAGCCAGGGGAGCCAGUGAUGCUGAGAGGCACAGAGAGCACGGAUGACCGAGGGAUAGUCAGCUAUGAAUGGAAACAGGUCCUCGGCGACCCCUCUGUGGAGAUGAAGAAGCACGAAGAAGAUCAGGUAGAAAUCUCCAACCUACAGGCGGGGAUAUACGUCUUCCAGCUUACUGUCACGGACACUGCACAACAGCAAGACUUCACCAACAUCACCAUCAUGGUCCUGAAUUCUGAGCAGACUGAAGAGCAUUGUUUGACUCCUAAGAAGGUGGGUUGGUGUCGGGGAUCUUUUCCACGUUGGUUUUACAACCCAAGCCUUCAGCAGUGUGAGGAGUUCAUUUUUGGCGGCUGCAAGCCCAACAAGAAUAACUACUUACGGGAAGAGGAGUGUAAACUUGCCUGCAAGAAUGUUAGAGGUUCUGUUGGUGGGCGACAACAGCCAGUGUGCAAUGGGAACUGUCAGUCCCCCUUCUUCAGAUGCAAGGAUGGCUGCUGCGUUGAUGCCUAUCUGGAGUGUGAUGAAACGCUCGACUGUGCAGAUGGAUCGGACGAGAUGUAUUGUGAACAAUAUGCUCGUGAGUUCAAUAGACUGCAAAAAAUCAAUGUCACACAUAAGCAAGGUCACUGUGUGGACUUGCCUGAUACUGGACAGUGCACCGAGAGCAUCCCCCGCUGGUACUAUAACCCAUUCUCUGAGAAAUGUGACCCCUUCACCUACGGGGGCUGUGGUGGCAACAACAACAACUUUGAAGAAGAGGAAGAGUGCAUGAAAUCAUGUUCAGGCAUCACAAAAGCAGAUGCCAUUGGCCGGAGAUGGGAAUCAUUUGAGUCCCAAAGGGCUAUCUUAAGUGUCUUUGAGGUAGUGAUUGCCGUGGUCCUCGGGAUCUGCAUCAUGGUGGUCCUGGCGAUCCGCCGUCAGCCGACCACUGCUACCAACUCAACCCUCUCCACCACAGAGGACACUGAGCAUCUGUUUUACAGCAGUGCCACCAAACCAGUCUGACCGACAGCCCCUCUCUCUCCAGCCCAGCACUGGGGCACUCCCCAAAAAUUCCGGAGUUCUGUUUUUAGCCACGGGCCUGUGCCUGAAGGACUCUUUCUCUUCGAAGACAUUUGUAGCAUCAGGCCAAGAUCUAGCCAUGAUUUGGCAGUACUAGUGUUUGUGAUUGUCUUGGCUAAAUGGCUGCUCUGGAAAGUGAGGAUCUGGGAGCAUUUUGAUGCU